UCUCAAGAGUCUUCUCCAACACCACAGUUCUAAAGCAUCAAUAAUUCUGCUAGUGAGAACUAGAUUACAUGGCAAGGGAGUCUGGGAAAUAACUUCUAGCCAUUUCCCAUAGAAGAACUGGAAAUGUUUUUUGGUGAACACAUAGCAGUUCCUGUCACACCAUGUCCCGGUACACAGCUAAGCAUGGAUCAUCUUAUUUAAACCUCAUGGUAAAAGCAGGCACUGUUAUUGUCCCAUUUUACAGAUGAAGAAACUUGAGGCUCAGAGAGGCAAAGUCAUUGGCCCAGGCUGAUGGGGAGGCACAGCCAAAUCCUGGCAGUUAGAUGCUAAAGCCAUAAUACCCAGAGCCUUCUGGAUAAUUGUUGUUUGAGAACUGGAUGGACGCUCCGAACAUUAGAAAGUGCACAUACACACAGGGUUUAGAUAUGGUUUCUUGGGCUCUGAUAGAACCCAGAAGGACUGACGGGGAGAACUCUGUGGGCAGGGCCAACGGUUCUGGCAUCUGACUCCCUUCCCCCAUCCCCUAGGGCCCUGGCUGGGGAAUGAUUUAGUUCAGCUCACCAAGCGCGUCUGGGCCCCCUCUCUGCCCAUCUGGGCAAGCAGGGCUGCAGAGCUUGGCCGCAGAGCUUGUGGCCCCUCUCUGCUCUGGCUGUGGGUGUGCAGCCUGUAGGGGGAGUUCCUGAAGGCUGUGUCUGGAGGUGGAAAGAUGGAGCCCCAGGUUUUUGUGGUGAGAGCUCCCUGCCUCUGAGUCUAGUUUUGCCUGAAUCUGGCCUUGGUUGUCAUGGCAACAUCGAGGCACUUAUUUUUUUGGCCCUGUGUGGCGGUUCCUGGUUUUCCAUUCCUGAUUUUCUAUUUCCAGAGCAGAUUCCCUAGUUGGGGGCAAGGGUUUCAGGCUCAGUUACACGGCACCUGCUGCAUUCCUGGGUCUGACCUAGACAAGGUUGGUAGAGCCUUGGAGUGCAAAUGCCCCUGCCUUGCCCUCAGGCCCUCUGGGAGGCUGCCUGGCUUAAGUGGAGAGUUUAGGGCUGCUUCCCCUUCCCUGCAGCGCGGCAGUUUGGAUUAGGUGAGAGCCCCCAGCUCUCUGCGCCUGCUUUUCUCAUCAGGAAAUGGGUUGAGGUGAGAAUUCAAAGUGACCGCGCGAAUGUGACACAGCGUUAGGGUAGAGAGCACCCAGAGGCCAGGGGUCAAGAGGCAGCAGGAGCCCAGACGGGCGAUGCCAGCGACGGCGGGAACAGCAGCCGCCUUGCGGUGGCUGCCCGUGACGUGCCAGCCGUGGUCAGACCCUUACGCAGUGCAACCCAUUUAAUGCUCGCUGUGACUCUGGUCGGUGCCGUCAGUUUCGCGAGAGAACUGAGCCUCGGUAACUCGUUGGUCACACGGCCGACAAGGGGCAGAGCGGGACUCCUCUGUGGCCCUGAUUCCGGAGCUGAGCCUACCCGCUGCACCGCACAGCCUCCUUGCCCCAGGGGAGGAGCAAUGGGAGGCUGGGGGUGGAGCUCGGAGCCCCAGGGCCCGGGUACAGCGACCCUACGGGUCGGAUUUUCAGAUGAAGGAAACCAGUAAUGGCUCACACGUUCACUCUAAGCCCGGCGCUCAGUCACACGCCCUUUGCCGCCAGACGACGCCCCGAGACGGGUGCCAGUGUUUGCACCUCGUGCGGGAAGACUGAGGCUCAGAGAGGCAGAGCCGCUUCCCCUGGGAGGGAGGGGUGGCGGGAGUUGGGGAAGGGGGAUUCGGUUCCGUGCCUGCGCUGGGCAGUUCCGCAGCCCGCUCCUGAUGUGAGAAGUCGUCGGAGCGCCUUGUAAACACAUUUUCAGCAAAGCGUGUGACCCCUUUUCUGGGUCAGUAAAGAUGAUCUCGAAGACUGGCCUUUCCCGCCGCCUGGAUGUGUGUGUGGACCCAGCAGCUGGAGAGGGUGUGCAUGCGUGUGUAUUGGGGAGGGUCUUCUCCGCCACGCCCUCCCCCUCCCCACCCUUCCCUCCGUUUCCCACUCCUUCCUCCCCUUCUCCUCCACCUCCUCCCCUUGCCACUUCACCCCUUCUCCGUCCUCCUCCAACAGGCUCCCCUCCCCCACCCUCCUUUCCCCUCCCCGGCCCCGCCCACCCCGUGAUCACGUGGGGCCCGCCGGAUUUAAGCCUAAUCUGCCCGACGCUCCGCCGGCGGUCUGGCUGUGGGGGAGUCUGGGUUGGUCUCUGGGACCCUAGCAGAGGCCUGGAGAGGGUGCCCAGGGCCGCCCCCCAUGAGCUUGGGGCUGGAGCAGUCGUUGGAGGUGGUUAUCCAGACUCUGGAGAGGAGCCUCCUGGGGUCGGGCCUAGAGGCGGGCCUGAACGGGAGGGGCCCGGCCCAGGACUCGCGGCCCGCCGGCCUGCCUGCCCGCAUCAGGGAGAUCGUCACCCGCAGCCUCUCCCAGGCUGAGAGCGCAGGCCCAGCCCCCGAGAUGGCCUCCAUGCUGUCACUGCAGGAGGAGAACCAGCUGCUGCAGCAGGAGCUGUCCCGUGUGGAGGACCUGCUGGCCCAGAGCCGGGCCGAGCGCGACGAGCUGGCCAUCAAGUACAGCGCGGUCAGCGAGAGGCUGGAGCAGGCUGUGCGGCGGGAGUCUGGGGAGCCAGAAGCCCAGGAGCCCAGGGGGCUGGCCCUGCAGAGUGUGGAGCUGCGGCGGCAGCUGCAGGAGGAGCAGGCCUCCUACCGGCGCAAGCUGCAGGCCUAUCAGGAGGGCCAGCAGCGGCAGGCACAGCUGGUGCAGCGGCUGCAGGCCAAGAUUCUCCAGUGCAAGAAGAAGACCUCAGAGACAGAGCAGCAGCUGCUGGAGAGAUGCGCGGAGCUGGAGCAGCUACGGCUGCGGGACGCAGGGCACAGCCAGGACCUGGAGAGCGCCCUCGUCCGCCUGGAGGAGGAGCAACAGAGGAGCGCCAGCCUGGCCCAGGUGAAUGCGCUGCUCCGGGAGCAGCUGGACCAGGCGAGCUCGGCCAACCAGGCCCUGCGGGAAGAUAUCCGCAAGGUGACCAGCGACUGGGCACGCGGCCGGCAGGAGCUGGAGCAGCGGGAGGCUGCCUGGAGGCGUGAGGGCGAGUCUUUCAACGCCUACUUCAGCCAUGAGCACAGCCGCCUGCUCCUCGUCUGGAGGCAGGUCGUGGGGGCCCGCCGGCUGGUCAGCGAGGUGAAGACGGCCACGGAGAGGGACCUGCUGCAGCUGGGAGGGGAGCUGGCCCGCACCUCACGAGCCAUCCAGGAGGCGGGCCUGGGGCUGAGCGCGGGGCUGCGGCUGGCCGAGAGCCAGGCUGAGGCGGCCCUGGAGAAGCAGGCCCUGCUGGAGGAGCAGCUGCGGAGCAAGCAGCUGCAGGAGCAGGAGCUGGCCCGGCAGCAGCUGCAGAGCAACCUCGACAAGGCCAGCCUCAGUGCCAGAGUGACUGAGUUGGCUCUCACAGUAGAGCGCCUUCAGGACCAGAAUCUGGAGAAGGACCAGCUCAACAAAGCCCUCAGUGAGAAGCUUGAGGCCCUGGAAUCCCUGCGGCUCCAGGAGCAGGCAGCCCUGGAGACAGAGGAAGGAGAGGGGCUGCAGCAGACCCUGAGGGACAUGGCACAGGCCGUCCUGUCGGACACGGACAGCGGCGUCCAGUUAAGUGGCUCUGAGCGCACAGCGGAUGCCUCGGACGGCAGCCUGAGGGGGCUCUCGGGGGCCCGGACUCCGUCCCCGCCGAGGCGGCCCUCGCCUGGUCGCGGCCGCUCCCCGCGCCGAGGCCCGUCCCCCGCCUGCUCGGACUCCUCCACGCUGGCCCUCAUCCACUCGGCCCUGCACAAGCGCCAGCUGCAGGUCCAGGACAUGCGGGGGCGCUAUGAGGCCAGCCAGGACUUGCUGGGCACCCUGCGGAAGCAGCUUAGUGACAGUGAGGGUGAGCGCCGUGCCCUGGAGGAGCAGCUGCAGCGUCUGCGGGAGGAGACCGACGGGGCCGCCCGGGCCCGGGAGGACGCGCAGCGGGAAGCCCAGCGCCUGCGCAGCGCUGUCGACCUCCUGAACAGGGAGAAGGACAGCCUGGCCCACAGCCUGCAGGCGGCCAAGCAGCAGGCCGAGGAGCUACGGCAGGAGUGGGAGAAGCUGCAGGCGGCCCAGGAGGAGCUGCGGCGCCAGCGGGACCAGCUGGAGGAAGAGCGGGAGGACACAGUGCAGGACCACACGAGGACACGCCGGGAGCUCGCGCGCAGCCACAGACAGCUAGAGCAGCUGGACGGGAUUCGUUCAGGGCUGGCGAAGGAGCUGGUGGAGGUGCGGGAGGCGCUGAGCAGUGCCACGCUGCAGCGGGACAUGCUGCAGGCUGAGAAGGCCGAGGUGGCCGAGGCGCUGGCCAAGGCAGAGGCCGGCCGCGUGGCACUCGAGCUGUCCAUGACCAAGCUGAGGGCGGAGGAGGCCUCUCUGCGGGACGCCUUGUCCAAGCUGAGCGCCCUGAACGAGGGUCUGGCGCAGGACAAGCUGGCUCUGAACCGCCUCGUCGCCCAGCUGGAGGAGGAGAAGGCAGUCUUGCUGGGCCGGCAGCGGCAGGUGGAACAGGCGGCUGCUGCGUCUUGGGAGGAGCAGGAGCGGAUGCAGCAGGAGCGGCUGGAGCAGGAGGUGGAGCGGCAGGGCCUGGAGGGCUCCCUGCAGGCAGUGGAGCGGGCACGGGAGGCGCUGGAGCGCCAGCUCCCCGAGCUGCACCGUGAGCGCUGCCGGCUGCAGGAGCAGCUCACCCAGCUCUCCCGGCAGCUGAGCGAGCGGGAGCAGCAGCUGGAGCAGGCGCGACAGGAGACACAGCGGCAGACGGAGGUGCUGGAGCAGGCGACCCGGGAGAAGGAGGCGCUGGCCAAGGAGCGGGCCAGCCUGGCGGUGCAGCUGGCGGCUGCUGAACGUGAAGGCCGGGCCCUGUUGGAGGAGGCCGCACGCCUGCGCUUGGAGAAGGAAGCCCUGGAGAGCAGCCUGUUUGAGGUGCAGAGGCAGCUGGCGCAGCUCGAGUCCCGGCGGGAGCAGCUGGAGGCAGACGGGCGGGCCCUGCUGCUGGCCAAGGAGGCCCUGGCCGGGGAGCUGGCGGGCCUGCGGCAGCAGAUGGCAGCCACAGAGGAGAAGGCUGCUCUGGACAAGGAGCUGACGGCCCAGAAGCUGCUGCAGGCUGAGCGGGAGGCCCAGGCCUCUCUGCGGGAGCAGCGGGCAGCCCACGAGGAGGACCUACAGCGACUCCAGCGAGAGAAGGAGGCGGCGUGGCAGGAGCUGGGCGCAGAGCGGGCUCGCCUGCAGGGUCAGCUGCAGCGGGAGCGGGAGGAGCUGCUGGCCCGGCUGGAGGCCGAGAAGGAAGAGCUGAGUGAGGAGAUGGCCGCCCUGCAGCAGGAGCGCGACGAGGGCCUGCUCUUGGCCGAGACUGAGAAGCAGCAGGCCCUGUCCCUGAAGGAGUCCGAGAAGACGGCGUUGUCCGAGAAGCUGAUGGGGACGCAGCACAGCCUCGCUGCCGUCUCCCUGGAGAUGGAGCGACAGAAGCGGGACGCCCAGAGCCGCCAGGAGCAGGACCGGAGCACCGUGAAUGCUCUGACGUCCGAGCUGCGGGACCUGCGGGCCCAGCUGGAGGAGGCCUCCGCGGCCCACGCCCAGGAGGUGAAGAGGCUGCGGGAGCAGGCUGGGGACCUGGGCCGCCAGCGGGAGUCCUCCCUGCGCGAGGCAGAAGAGCUCCGGACCCAGCUGCGCCUGCUGGAGGAGGCACGCGGCGGGCUGCGGCGGGAGUUGCUGGAGGCACAGCGAAAGGUGCGGGAGGGCCAGGACGGCCGCGAGGCCCAGCGCCAGGAGGCGAGUGAGCUGCGGCGCAGCCUGAGUGAGGGCGCCAGGGAGCGUGAGGCCCUGCGGCGCUCCAACGAGGAGCUGCGCAUGGCCCUGAAGGCAGCGGAGAGCGAGCGGGUCAGCCUGAAGCUUGCCAAAGAGGACAAGGAGCAGAAGCUGGUGCUCUUGGAGGAGGCCCGGGUGGCUGUGGGCAAGGAGGCCGGGGAGCUGCGGGCCGGGCUGCAGGAGGUGGAGCGCUCGCGGCUGGAGGCGCGGCGGGAGCUGCAGGAGCUCCGGCGGCAGAUGAAGAUGCUGGACAAUGAGAACGCCAGACUGGGCCGAGAGCUGCUGGAGCUGCAGGGCCGCCUGGCGCUGGGCGAGCGGGCAGAGAAGGAGGGCAGACGGGAGGCCCUGGGCCUGCGACAGAAGUUGCUGCGGGGUGAGGCCAGCCUGGAGGCCCUGCGGCAGGAGCUCCAGGGGGCCCAGCGGAAGCUGCAGGAGCAAGAAGGCGAGUUCCGGGCCCGGGAGCGAGACCUGCUGGGCUCUCUGGAGGAGGCGCGCGGCGCCCGGAAGCAGCAGCUGGACCAUUCCCGCAGCCUGGGACUCAAGCUGGAGGCCGCCCGGGCUGAGGCCGCGGACCUGGGUCUGCGACUCAGCGCAGCCGAGGGCCGGGCUCAGGGCCUGGAGGCCGAGCGGGCCCGCGUGGAGGCGCAGCGGCGCGCGGCAGAGGCCCAGCUUGCCGGCCUGCGCUCGGCCCUGCGCCGGGGCCUGGGGCUCGGGGGGCCGGUGGCUGGCUCCCCCGCCCGGGGCGCGCCUGCGGGAGGAAGCGUGGAAGGGCUCAGUAGCCCCGACCCCGUGGAACACGGCCCCGCGUCCCAGCCGCCCUCCCCAGGACCGGCCGUCUCCCCGGGGCCUGCAGACCUGGACCCGGAAGCGGUGCGGGGCGCCCUGCAGGAGUUCGUGCAGGAGCUGCGGGACGCCCAGCGAGAGCGGGAUGAGCUUCGCGUCCAGACGAGCGCCCUGAGACAGCAGCUGGCUGAGACGGAGGCCUCACGGGACGGCGCGGCCUCGCGGGCCAGGCAGCUGGAGAAGGCCGUGGUCGAGAGCGAGGAAGGUGGGUCUACCCCGGUGUCCUCGCCUCGGUCUCACGCUUUUCACAUGGAGGCAGGAGAUAGUCUCCUCCGGGGGGGAGGGAGGUGCCUCACGUCCAGACCCACACCCCCCAGGGCUCGGAUGGCUCAGGUCUCGGCCGAGCCUGACGGGCCGGGUGGGGCCACAGCCCGCCGCAGCAUGGAUGGGCGGCUGAGCGGGGCGCAGGCCGAGCUGGUGCAGCAGGAAGAGAACUCGCGGCGCGCUGAGCGGGAGCGCCGGGCGGUGCUGGACCGCGUGGCCGCCCUGGAGAGGAGCCUGCAGGCCACAGAGAGUGAGCUCCAGACCAGCCAGGAGAAGCUCAGCAAGAUGAAGGCCAACGAGGCGAAGCUGGAGAGCGACAAGCGGCGUCUGAAGGAGGUGCUGGACGCGUCAGAGAGCCGCAGCGUGAAGCUGGAGCUGCAGCGGCGUGCGCUCGAGGGGGAGCUGCAGCGCAGCCGCCUGGGCCUGAGCGAGCGGGAGGUGCAGGCGCAGGCCCUGCAGCAGCGGGCGGACUCGCUGCAGAGGCAGGUGGCGGACGGCGAGAUGAAGGCGGGCACUCUGCAAGUGACGGUGGAGCGGCUGAGCGGGGCCCUGGCCAAGGUGGAAGAGAGUGAGGGCCUCCUGCGGGACAAGGUGCAGGGCCUGACAGAGGCCCUGACCCGGAGCAGCGCCAGCCUCACCAGCACCCAGGACAAGAACGUGCAGCUGCAGAAGGCCCUGACUGCCUGUGAACAUGACCGUCAAGUGCUCCAAGAGCGGCUGGAGGCCGCGCGGCAGGCGUCAUCCGAGGCGCGGAAGCAGAGCAGCUCCCUGGGUGAGCAGCUGCAGACCUUGCGGGGCGAGCUGGCAGAUCUGGAGCUGCAGCGGGCGGAGGCUGAGGGGCGGCGGCAGCAGCUGCAGGAGGCGCUGCGGCAGCGGCAGGAGGCUGAGGCCGCGGCCCUGCACACGGCCCAGAAGGCGCAGGACGAGCGGCGGCAGCUGCAGGAGCGCCUGGGGAGCCUGCAGCGCACCCUGGCCCGGCUGGAGGCUGAGAAGCGGGAUGCGGAGCGCUCAGCCCUGCGGCUGGAGAAGGAGCGGGCAGCCCUCAAGAGCACACUGGGCAAGGCCCAGGUGGCAGCGCUGGAGCAGAACCACAGCCCGGCCGGCCUGGAGGCCGCGGAGCUGCAGCAGGAGGUGGAGCGCCUGCGCGGCGCCCAGGUGCGGACGGAGCGCGCGUUGGAGGCGCGGGAGCGCGCCCACCGGCAGAGGGUGCGGGGGCUGGAGGAGCAGGUGUCCACGCUGAAGGGGCAGCUGCAGCAGGAGCUUCGAAGGCGCUCAGCCUCCUUCUCCCCGCCCUCCGGGCCCCCGGAGAACUGAGCACCUCUGCCGGCAUCCUGGCGACGGGGCCUGGGGCUGGGCCGGACUGGAGGGGCGCCCUCAUUGGGGUCCAGGGGGCCUGAGCCGGAGCUCGCAGGGGCGAGGGGUGGGGUGCCAGGGCCAGGAUGGGGCUCCAGCCUGUCAGAGCCACCCCUUGGGGGCCCCCUCAGCCCCUUCCCGGGAGGGCCCCCUGAGGACUGGGCUGGAGAGACCUGCCCCCACUGACCCUGGGCGCAGGUGCGCUGGCCGUGAGGGUCGCGCCUGGGGCAGGCCUGCUGGCCACUCAGAAGUCUGUCCGUCUUAGUUCAGUGCUUGUCAGCAAGUUCCUCAGAGUUCAGAGUCACUGUAUUUUUAUACCUUUUUACAAUGUUAACUGUUCAAAACUGUUGUGUUUUUUGUAACAACUCAAUUUUUUAAAGAAUGCUUUGUACAGAUGU